AUGGCUCGUACCAAGCAAACGGCUCGUAAGUCCACCGGCGGGAAAGCGCCCCGCAAGCAACUGGCCACCAAGGCUGCGAGGAAAAGCGCUCCAGCCACCGGCGGCGUGAAGAAGCCUCACCGCUACCGCCCGGGCACCGUCGCCCUGCGAGAGAUCCGCCGCUACCAGAAGUCUACCGAGCUGCUGAUCCGCAAGCUGCCUUUCCAGCGCCUGGUGCGGGAAAUCGCGCAGGAUUUCAAGACCGACCUGCGCUUCCAGAGCUCGGCCGUGAUGGCUCUGCAAGAGGCCAGCGAGGCUUACCUGGUGGGUCUGUUCGAGGACACCAACCUGUGCGCCAUCCACGCGAAGCGCGUCACCAUCAUGCCCAAGGACAUCCAGCUGGCCCGGCGCAUCCGCGGGGAGAGGGAGCUUGAGGCGACCCGCGUUCUUCACCACGUCGUAGCCGUCCGCCGCCACCGCCUUUUUGAGCGCGGCCAGGGACACCCCGCCGCGCUCCUUGGAGGCCGAGCCCGCAUUGACCAGCAGCUCGCCGCCUUUUUCGCCUUCUUGGCAGCGUGGGCGGCUGGAGCCUCUUCAGUCACGCUGGCCGAGGAGAAGGCGCUCUCCGUCGCUGGGCGACGAACCUUGAAACGACGGAGAAAUGAUCGAGCGAAGCGAAUAGGCUGCCUGCCUGAUUACUUGGAGCUGGUGUACUUGGUGACAGCCUUGGUGCCUUCGGACACGGCGUGCUUGGCCAGCUCCCCCGGCAGCAGGAGGCGCACCGCGGUCUGGAUCUCCCGGGAGUUCCCUGUGGGUCGUGUGCAUCGUCUGCUGCGCAAAGGGAACUACGCCGAGCGUGUUGGGGCUGGCGCGCCGGUCUACUUGGCGGCCGUGCUGGAGUACCUGACUGCCGAAAUCCUGGAGCUGGCUGGCAACGCCGCCCGAGACAACAAGAAGACCAGGAUCAUCCCUCGUCACUUGCAGCUCGCCAUCCGCAACGACGAGGAGCUGAACAAGCUCUUGGGUAAAGUGACUAUUGCCCAAGGAGGCGUCCUUCCCAACAUCCAGGCUGUCCUGUUGCCCAAGAAGACCGAGACUCACAAGUUGAUUUCGGAAGAGGUAACCUUUUUUUUGUUUUGCAGUAGAGCUAUGGCUCGUACCAAGCAAACAGCUCGUAAGUCCACCGGCGGGAAAGCGCCCCGCAAGCAACUGGCCACCAAGGCUGCGAGGAAAAGCGCUCCAGCCACCGGCGGCGUGAAGAAGCCUCACCGCUACCGCCCGGGCACCGUCGCCCUGCGAGAGAUCCGCCGCUACCAGAAGUCCACCGAGCUGCUGAUCCGCAAGCUGCCUUUCCAGCGCCUGGUGCGGGAAAUCGCGCAGGAUUUCAAGACCGACCUGCGCUUCCAGAGCUCGGCCGUGAUGGCUCUGCAAGAGGCCAGCGAGGCUUACCUGGUGGGUCUGUUCGAGGACACCAACCUGUGCGCCAUCCACGCGAAGCGCGUCACCAUCAUGCCCAAGGACAUCCAGCUGGCCCGGCGCAUCCGCGGGGAGAGGGCUUAAGGCACUGCGGCAUCCUAAGAAGGCAAAUUCAUUAUAUCCCAAAGGCUCUUUUAAGAGCCAC